AUGUCUCUCUAUCCGUAUAAGACACUGUUUCGUCGACGGGCCCCUCAGUUGAAUCACUGGUACGUUCGCAUAUAUAAAGAUGGCGCGAAACGACACUGUCGCGAGAAGGUCGAUGAGUCAUCGUCUGAAGCAGAUGAUGUUGUCUUCAGUGAUGUCAACGGUGCUCAAGAGACUGAUCUCACAAGCGACGAUAAUGACGAUAACGACAACGACAACGACAACAACGACAACAAUGUAAACCACGCUCAAGAUCAUAGUGACCUUGCAGACUUCCUCGCCAACAACGAACAUCCUCCGGAGUACUACAUCGAUCAACUCAAAAACUUCGACGAAACAAUCUAUAAUCAGGAGGACUACAGUUCUGAAACUUAA